AUGGCCCUCUGCCCGCUGCUGGUGUGCGUCUUCCUGGCCUGGGUGCUAGCCUGCUCUGCCCGACCCUCCCACACCCACCUGCUGGUGGGCGACUCGGAAGACCGGCGCGCCGAGGCCCUCAAGAGGCUCUUGCAAGUCUUCGGCAUCAUGGACCCUCCCCAGUCCCCCCACGGGAUCAAGCAACCACCCCAGUACAUGGUGGAUCUCUACAACACAGUGGCCGGAGCUGACGGGGUCACCAAAGACCCUGACAUCUUGGAAGGGAACACGGUGCGCAGCUUUUUGGACAAAUUUCACAGCAGCCAGAUGCACUUCCUGUUCAUCCUGUCCAGCGUAGCAAAGAACGAGCGCGUGCUGACGGCCGAACUGCACCUGUUCAAAUUGCGGGCCAGGACGGCGGACGGGCCCCUCAGGAGGCACCACUUCUGCCAGGUUAGCGUGUACCAAGUCCUAGACCAGCACAACCCGGAUUCCCCAGAGGGAAAGAAACUGCUGUCUGCCAGAUUGCUUGCCAUGCAGGGAUCUGGUUGGGAAGUCUUCAGCAUCACACAAGCGGUUCGCGACUGGACAGAAGAGGAAAGUAGCAACCGGGGCUUGCUGGUGACAGUGCGGGGCCUCGGCGGGGCCGUGCUGGAGCCUGGUGCCGUGCAGUUCGCUUCCGGACGAGACCACCACGAGAGCAAGAAACCAAUGCUGGUUUUGUUUACUGAUGACGGGCGGCGAGGAUGUCUAAGCAUUAACAACUCGCCAGAUUUGGACCUGGAGAACCCAAUCCUUCCAGAGGAGGUAGAACUCCCCCAAACCAACCGGACGCGGCCCCCUCGCGCCACAGGAGAUCAGCGGCUGCCUUGCCAGUUACACCCGCUCUCAGUAGACUUUGAGGGAAUCGGCUGGUCUGGCUGGAUCAUCUCUCCCCGCGGGUACAACGCCUUCCACUGCAGGGGUUCCUGCCCCUUCCCGCUGGGGGAGAACAUGCGGCCCACCAACCACGCCACCGUGCAGUCCAUCAUUAACGCGCUGAAGCUGAGCCAAGACGUCAGCGGACCCUGCUGCGUGCCAGACAAGCUCUUCUCCAUCAAUCUGCUCUAUUUCGACGACGAUGAAAAUGUGGUCUUGAAGCAGUACGAUGACAUGGUGGCCGGGAGUUGUGGGUGUCAUUGA